AGUUCUCGCCCCAACGCCAGGGGGAGCGGACGAGCGGACGAGAGCGCCCGCGGCAGUGCGGCCAGGCGCCGGGACGCCGGGCGUCGAGCCAGCGCGCGGCGACGCGGGUGAACGGGACAGGUCUGCUCCCGCCUGCAAAAAUGGCGCCGGCGCCGCCGCCGUAGUCCGCCAGAGGCCUCGCCAGUCGGCGCCAUGGGCCUGCUCUGCGGCGCCAAGUGCGUCAAGGUGCUGCUCAUAGCCUUCAACCUGCUGCUGUGGGCGUGCGGCUGCGCCAUGGUGGUGGUGGCCUCGUGGGUGUUCGUCGCGCCCACCAUGACCUACCUGUUCCGGCUGGCGUCCACGCGGGACGUCUCGCCGUACAUGAUCUACCACGUCGCCUACAGUCUCAUCGCCCUGGGCUGCGCCGUGCUGCUCGUGGGCUUCUUCGGCUGCUGCGGCGCCGUGCAGGGGAGCAAGUGCAUGCUCGCCGUGUUCUUCGUGCUGCUGUUCCUGCUGCUGUGCCUGGAGGCGGCGGCGGCCGUCGCGACGCUCGUGGUCCGAGACAAGUUCCUGGGCGCCAUGGAGGGCCGCCUGGCGAGGCAGCUGGCGUCGCGCUACGGCCACGACACGGCCAACAACAGCGGCUUCACCGAGGCCGUCGACCUCAUGCAGUACAAGCUGCACUGCUGCGGCAUCCACGGCGACGGAGACUACAACUCGAGCCGCUGGAAGGACGAGAGCCAAGGCAGCAAGGAGCCGAAGAACGUCCCUCUCACCUGCUGCGUCAUCGCCGACGACCAGGUGGAGGAGCAGUGGCAGCACCCGCGGCCCAGAGACGAGCAGGCGUGCCAACACCCGGAGGUGGAAGUCUACAAGGCGGCGAGGUACACGCAGGGGUGUUUCAAGGAACUAGAGCAGUGGUUCAAGCAACAAACUCUAAUUCUAAUAGCUGCUUUUACUAUCAUCGCUGUGGUUAAAGUGUUCGGCAUGGCGCUGGCGGCGUGCCUGUACAGAGACCUCGGCUCCGGCGUAUAGCCCGCCGACGUCACCGACGUGACGUCAUGCGGCGGUAUGUGACGUCACGCGGCGGGGAAGGUGCUCUCUCGCCGCGCCGCGCCACGGAAGAGAAGAGUUAAGGCUCUGCGGCACCCUCCAUGCUGGAUGGACUGCGUUGUCGCGUCGUCAUUAUUGUCUAAGGAGCAAUUACUACGGGUACACUUGCAUACACAUUACUUUAUCGCUGUCAAUGAUAGCGGAAAAUAUGCUCUACACAUCAGCUGCUCCUUGUAAAACGUGGGAUAAAUAUUUACAAAUAAAACUUUUACAUGGAUAAUUUAUUUAUAGCAAAUGCUACAGAGCUCAAUACGGAACACUACAUAUUUGGAAAUAUUGGAAACCACUCGUUCAGCGCGUUCGUAAUCAGCGUUAAAGCUAAUUUGUAAUAGUGGUGAAAUUUUGUUAUUAUCAGGAAAAUUGUAGUAUAUUUUUAUCUAAACUGAUUUGUACACGAGUGUAGAGUGAAGAAAUAUGGACUUUUUUUUUACAUAUAUGUGUUAUUGAAGUGUAUGGAAAAAUUAUUAAAAAUUCGUAUUAAAGAGGUUGGGAUCCUUUAAAUUUAAUAAGGUGUACGGCAAAUUAGACAAAAAAAAAGUGCAAUAUAUGGCUGUUAUAAAUUUUGAUCCCAGAAGAAUUUGAAAUCUCUAUGUUGUGUUGUGAAAACACUUUUCCAUUCUAUAAAUUUUACCCUGUUAAACUAUCAAAGAAUUUAAGGACUGUAUAUAGUAAAAAAUAUUGCGUGAUCAAUCGAAGAUAAGUACAUAAAGUUUUGAAGGAUAAAUAUUAAUUGGUUAUGUUCAUGGUAACUAGAAGUUCAUUUUCAUAUUUUCCAUUGCUAAGUAUUGCAUAAAACUUCGCUACUAUUGUCCUAUUUCAGAAGUGUUUUGUUUAAAGCUCCGUGAUUUUAAACUGUCCGACAUGGUAGGUGGAAGAGAGCCUUAACUAGUUACCUAACGAACUAUAAGAACUGAUGUCAAAAAUAUUUUUAUGGUUGUUUUUUUAAAGGAAAGGUGGAACAGUAAUAAGUAGUUUAAGAAAAUAAAAAUAAUAUUUUGGAAUGAGCUUUUUUUCCCAGUUUGUUAAAUUUUCUAAUGAUAUUCAUGUGUUAACAAUAAAUUUGUUGUAACGGUGCCUAGAACAGGUUGUGUGAAAUUUUGUGUUCGAAGCAUUUAAACACGUCCACAGUUGUUUUAAGUACGUGUUCCAUUAGCUGUUUAAAUUUAAUAAUAUUACUGGAUACAUUAGGACUUUAAAACAGUCCUAAUACCUAUUGUAAUGGAGAUUUAUAUGUUAGUUGGUCACACAAAAAUCUAAUAAAAUGUACCUAAUGCACACGCGUAUGUAAAUUUCUCAAUGAGCGUGAAAGUAACGGGUGUUGACUUAACACGAAUUUUCAAAAACAGUCUUGGAAACACGGUUGCAAUGUGAGGAAUUUUAAGAUGUAUUGCAAGUUUCGUUUGUUUGUUAAUUAGCAUUAGUUUGAUCAUUUUUACAUAAUUACACUUGGCCAUCAUACGCGCACAUUGCUAUACAUGGGCAAAUUUUCGGGGAAAAAAUCAACAAUGGUGACCUUUUAACAAGCCUCAAAAUGUUCUAAACUGAUGAAAUUAUCUGUACUAAUACUGUAGAAAAAAAAUUGUACAUAUAUACAACGAAAACUCAAAAAAAAAAGCCAAUGUUUACAAUAAAUUUGCAACCUGCGAAUCAUUUCCUUAAGGCGACGAGAUCAGUUAGAAACCCCUAAAAUUUGUUGUUAGGAAACUAUUAUAAUGUUACCAAAGGAAUUGAUAAUUAAAGCAUGACGCUGUGAAAAAAUAUACAAAAAUAUUGCUGAUAGUGUUGCUGUGUUUUUUUUACCCAAUUUGUUUUUAAUAUACAUUAAGCAUAAGUAAGCAGCUUGCAAUAUUUUUUUUCCCCCUAAGUUUUAUAGAAAUGGUCUAGAAUUAAUUACAUGUAACUUAUUAAUUCUAAAAAUUGUUCAAUGAUAGGUCAACAUCGAGCAAAAUACAAUAACAUUAUCUGCCAUCUUGUGGGCGCAUCAAAAUUUUCUUCCCGACUGCCAUAAAUUAUAAAAUAUACUGCACUGAUCAUUAAAGAGUUUUUAAUGUAGUUACUUUUGCGAUUCGUCAAUGCGUUUCUAGAAUUUUUCUACUUUACAGCUGUCUCUUAAUUUUUUAAGUCUCGAUUAUCAACUGUUCAGCUGUAAUUUUAUUGUUAAAUGUUUCUUACGACGUUCAUUCUGAAGGCUGAUAUGAUAAUUUGUCGUCGCUGAAACCAAUCUAAUGUUUUGAAUAAAGCCUCAAGGAGGAUUGGGAGUAUUUGUAAGUAAUAUAUAAAUGUAUUACAUGUUAUAAAAUAAACUUUAUUCCUUGAAUAUGACACGCAAAACUUUUUUGAGCAGUAUGAUAAUCGCAGUCAAACGUGAUAAAAUUAAAAUAAAACCCAUUAGCUGUAAUACUUUGUCUAUAGCACAGAAUAUUUGUUCAUAGUUGAAAAUAUAGGUAAAAAUAAAAACUGAUGAAUUCAAAACAACAAACACAAUCCUUCUUAAUAUUAUAGUAAACCAGUUCAUCUUCCAUAAAACACACAACACUUUUUGCGUUCUUAUUAUUCAAGAAAGUGCCAUUAUACCAUAUAACAAAUAAAAAUACGUCAUUCGCACAUAUUUUUGUCUAAACCGUAGAAUGUCUAAGUUGUUUAGAACUAUACGGAAAAAUUGUAUUUAGAUAAACUAGUCGAUUAAUUAUACACAUGCCUGUUUGUUUUAUGUGUAAACAAAAAAAAACACUGUAUAAUCAGCAAAUUGUUAUCAAUUAAAGUUGUAUACAUUUGUAAAACUGUUUAAGUCGCAAAUAAAUUAGUUGAAACUUU